GACCGGUGCAGCCAACGCUGGCGGAUCCGACCCCGAAUGCAGGGCAAGACCCUGGACCGGGGCCAUUCACCGCCAUCCUGCGUGGACCUGUCGACCAGCCAGUUGAAGGUGCACCAGUCGAUCCGGCAGCUGCCACUCUGGACGAGCUGGAGCUGAUCCUGCCACAGCCGUCGAAUGUGGGCGAUGAUGGCAGCGAAAUCGACCGCUUCCCGGGCCGAGUGCAUCGGAAUGUCGGUGAUGGUGCACUCAUCAUUGACGAGAUCGGCAUGAACAGCCUGGACCACCUGGGUGCGUGCAACCAGUCCUGCACUCGUCACCUGUUGCCGCCACCGCAUCUCGCCGGCGACCACCCCGCCGCCACCAUCUUCAGCGGCCGUCCCAGCGCCAACACGGGCGACGAGUUCCAGCACCCGAAGCCAGGUGGCCCGCCCCUCUACAAGUACGCCGCUGCUGUGGAAUGCAACCCUCAGUUCUCGCCCUCUGUCCCAACCGUGCAACCUCUGCACGGAGACGAGGACAACGAUGGCGACCCUAAUGAGGCCGCCGCUGGAUCUCAAGGCAGUCAGCAGCAACCCGAAGCAGCAGCACGCCGGCCCCGGGCCGUCCCACAGACGCAGAGCUGCAUACUUGAGGGCUUCCGGGUUUACCGAUCCCUGGCUAAGACGGUCUUCUUGCUGGAGAAGCAGCAGCGCCAGGACAGCAGCCCCUCUGGUCGUCGCCUGACAGAGUAUGCCUCUAUGUUUGGCGGUGAGCCAGCCACCGAGCAGCGCAUAGCCGAGAUGGUCGACGACCUUAACAGCCGCGCCAUCGUCGACUUGGCCGACCUGGCACACCUCGAGCCGCGCGUCGUGCUGCAGAGGAACGAACCACGCCACACACUCAAUACCCGGCUCAUCAUGCUGGAGGCACAGCACAAGAAGCAGCGCCUUGUGGUGUGGAAUGCGGACCACGUCCCUGUCCAGAAGCGCGGUGCUGCUGCGGAACCGGCCCUGACACACGUGGAGAAAGCAGUUGCGAUGCGGAUCAAGGAUCACGAGUUUGGCCACACCACCGCCGACACGUGGUACUACCAUGGCGCCCGAUACAUCCUCCUUGAUACGACUGCUGCCGAUGCCGGAGCGAGCCACAACAACGAG